CUGUGCAAGCUCGUGCAUCCAGCCCCGCGGUACCACCUGCCAGCCCGUCUCCUCCGACCGCCGACACCAAGGACACCGCCGCUGGCCACCAUCCGCGUUAUUUCAAGAUGAAGAUCGAUACCAGUCUGACUAUGCUCCAGCUCCCAGAGGAACUGUCCCAGGCAGGCCUUCAGUUCUCUGUGGCCACGGAGGAGGAUUUCGAUGAGAUCAUGGCCAUGAGCCAGUACAUCUAUGGUGGCCUUGAUUACCUGCCCACUCGAUACACCGACUGGCUACGGGAGACCAACCGCACAGUAAUACUGGCUCGCAAACAGGGAAAAGUGAUUGCUCUGGAGUCCGUGUGUGUGAUUGAUGAUGGAGAAACUAUGCUGGUGGAAGGUCUACGUGUUGCCCCUCAGGAAAGGGGAAAGGGUGUGGCAGGAGUUCUGCUGCGCUUUUGCAGUGAGCUGGUCAAAUCCAAGUACCCUGAUGUCAAAGUAAGCCGCUUGACCCGUGAUGAUCAGCUUGGACCCAAGGACUUCCAGAAGUAUCGUCUCAUAACCAAGCAGGGUAUUCUGUUAGUACGCUUUAGAGCUGAAGAUCUCAAGCUGCGUCUGUUGGAGCUAGGUCUGGGUGGAGACAUCCAAUCCUCUCUGUCCACCUCCUCCAAUCUUCCUCCAGUGCGUCUCGACCAUACAGCUGUCCACCGGCUGUAUCUGACCACUGACCUGAUGCGGGGAGUCCUUCCUAAUGCCACCAUCAUUCAAGACUGGCAGCCAUUCAAGCUUCUGCCCAGUAACAUGGCUAUCCUACUAAAGAAGGACAUUGACUGGAUGGUGGAUGAUGUGUCCAACCCCACUGUGGCUAGCCUAUGUACCUUCCCUUUUAGGGUGCCCAUUGGAGAUGACUGGUAUUACCUGAACAUUGACAUGUUCGGUAAAGACCUGGACCUGGUUCGGCAGCAGUUCUUGUGCCACCUGCAGCGCCACACUGCCACCCUGAAGGGUCACGUGAUGUGCCAGAUGUUCCUGGACCCACCACUCUGGAAGUCCAUGGCUGAAUUCUGCCACAACACCUUGAGCGUGGAACUGGUGAAGGAGUACACCGAGCAAUGCGUGGUGGAGUCAGACGUUGUCUAGUUACAGAGGGUGGAUGGAAAUGAGUAGAAGAUGAAGGAGCCAGAAAGGAAUGAAGACAAGGGUCUAGACAUCAAGGAAUGGACACAACUCAAUUACACUUAACAGAAAAACACCACCCUCUGUACUGAGGAGAUAGAAACCAAGCAAACUAAGUGUAGUUUCUACAAAACAAAACAACUUCCAAGAGUGCAGUAAGAUUUACCAAUACACAAAUAAAUACAGGGAGUGGACAUAAAACUAUGAAAACAUCACGUAAUCAUCUACAAUAGGUCUAUUACAAAUACAUAAAACAUAAUAAUAAUAAUAUUAAAUUGGUUUUAGAGAUGUUGAUACAACUUUAUAGGUAU